AUGUUAACCCCUCGCAACCAUCACUCCCACUCUUUCAAGGAGCUGGCAGACACUUUCAGAGAUCUUCGGAAGAGAGAUGCCAAGGCUCUGUUUUUCAUUCAACAAGCUGUGGAUGAAUCCAUCUAUCCUCGAAUUGCUGCUGCAACAAAAUCAAAGGAUGCUUGGGAUGCAUUACAGAAUGGGUAUCAAGGUAAUGCUAAGAAAGUUGUUGAAAAAAUUCUGAGAAGUAUGCCUAUGAAGUAUGACCAUGUUGUGGCUGCCAUAGAAGAAUCUAAGGAUUUAAGUCUGCUAACAGUUGAUGAAUUAUUUGGUUCCCUGCAAUCUCAUAAAAACAAGAUGAAAAGAUAUAAAGAAAAUUCUAUAGAAAAUGCAUUCCAUACUAAAUUGCAGUUUUCCAAAGGCAAAACAAGUGGUAGCACUAGUGAGUCUACCGGCAAGGGUUCAACCACAAGAGGGCGUGGAGGCCAUUUUUUUCUUGGCAAAAGAGGUGGUCGAGGUGGUGGUCGUUCAAGUAGCAACUACCAAUAUCACAAUGGAGGUGGUGACAAAGGUGAAAAUUCUUACCGAAAGCCUCAAUAUUAUUACUGUAAGAAGUAUGGCCAUAUAGAGAGGUAUUGUAGGCUCAAAGAAAAACAAGCAAACUUUGCUGAAGAGAAAGAGAAAGAUGAAACAGAAAGUUUGUUUCUUGCUUGUUAUUCUUCUAAAAAAUGUGUUCCAGAUGUUUGGUACAUGGAUAGUGGGUGCAGUAAUCACAUGACAGCUUAG